UUUAUCUUCUACUCAUUGCCCGUAGGCAGCUGCUGUUAAUAGCGCGAAGAAGAGGAAGCAGAAGUAAUGGCGUCUACAGUUCCGGGCACUGCAACCCCUCAAGUACCCAGCCCAGAGGACGUUGUGACGGGUGCCACUGACGGCCCUAAGUUACGGAAGCACAAGAAGCGCAGGGGUCAUCGAUCGGGCUCCACUAAGGAGCACAAGGACCAGAAGCGGGGCGUUAUGACGCCCAUGAAUGACCACGAGGAGGAGGCACUUUCGCUGAUGCUGACGGCUUCCUUGGCUCCAUCGCCCAAAGCCACAGCAACGCCAUUGUUUUCUGCGGCAUCACUACCGGAUACGCCCACUCAACGUCACAGCGACAGUCGGAGCGAUAUCGACAUAAUUGAUAAGCAUGCAGACUGGGCUACGGCAACUAGUGGGGUGAGAAGCGUCGUGAGCCCGCUGUCUCCUGCGCAAACAAGAUCUGAGCACCACGUUACGAGGCGCCAACAAGCCGAACAGGAAAAGGAACAGCUCAAGGAUCGAGAAAAAGAGCCAUCAAAGGAGAAGCCAAACCUGCAACAGCCGCAAACGCAAGAACAGCCGGUUGCAACGACAGAGUUGGUCGAGUGGCUGCCACCUGCCGUAGAAGCUACACAGCCUAAACCAAUGCCGCCGUUUAUCCAAGGAAGCAUGGAUGCAGCGUCUUCGAACACCCCGAAGCCUUGUCUUGGUACCGCGAAAACUGAAGACACUGAUGGGCCACCACUAGCGGCGACGAAAGAGAUAACGUCGACUUCGGAGAGCUCCUGGCGCAUUCUGCCAGCAUCACUCAAUUACAGCGUAGUCAUCACCAUUGCUCUGCUCUCUGCUGGAGCUGCUGUAGUCGGCUUACUUAUGUGGCUGCAGGCGGAUCAUGUGGAAGUUCGCACCAAAAGUGGAAGCUCGGUGCGCGGCUACCGGUCGUACGCAGCUAGCCAUCGAAUCUACACCUUUCUUGGCAUCCCGUACGCGCAGCCACCCCUGCAUCAGUUGCGCUUCAGGCUUCCCGUGGUGGCCUCUGAAAACGGAUCCGUGGUGCAGGCUACUUUGGAUUGCCCGCCGUGUCCGCAAAAGGAUUGGUUCUCGGGCAGCAAGGAAGGCUGGGACGGAGCCGAGGAGUGCUUGCACCUCAACGUGUGGACGCCCUGCGCGGAGACCACGGCUGGCGGUGGCUGCGAGAAACAGCCCGUCCUAGUGUUCCUCUACGCCGAGGGCUUCCAGACAGGCAGCAACCAACGCUUCGACGGCUCCCUGCUCGCUGCCUCCGAAAACCUUGUCGUGGUGGCUCCGAACUUCCGUCUAGGCCUCCUUGGUUUCUUCCACAAAGACGGCCACGAGAUGCCGGGCAACCUAGCACUGCACGACCAGGAGUUGGUGGUAAAGUGGGUGCAGGAGCACGUGGAGCUGUUCGGCGGGGACUGGAACAACACCGUGUUCAUGGGUGCAGCCACUGGUGCGUGGUCCAUUGGCGCACACCUCGUCAGCACAAAUCCGGUGUGGCGCUGGCGAACGCAACGUCUGCUCCUGCACAGCGAGUCCCCCUUCCGCAGGGUUUACACCGCGAGCCCGGCCGCCUUCGCCGAGGCCGUGGGCUGCGGCCAGAACCAGAGCUCUUCGAGCUGCUUCACCGAGCUGCCGCUGCAAACGGUGCUCGAAGCGGGACGGCACUUUCCCUUUGGGCCAAACUACGAAUCCCGACUGCUGCCACAGGCUCCGUGGCACAUGGCGCGCCGCUUCAACAUCAUAGAGAAGCAGGUCAUACUGGGUACAGUCUACAACGAGGGUUCGCCACUUGUCGAGAUCUUGGAGCGCGAUGGCGAUGCCUCGGACUCCUACAUGCGAGGCGCCGUACAAGAGCUGCUCACCUCGUACGGCGUGAACGAGUCCGGCAAGCUGGUAGAGCAGUACACGUCUGGAACGUGGACAGCGCAACGCGGCAUGAACCUGUCCUGGGCCCAUCUACUGCUCGGUGACGUGUUCUUCGAGUGCCCGGUGCUGAGUUUUGCCCUCCACCUGAGCACCAGGGGAAACCGAGUUUACGUCUACCGGUUCGACUAUAAGCCCACGUUUUCAAGGUUCGCGGGCCAAAGCGGUCCAUCCCGCUUGGAGGACGUGGAGUUUUUAUUUGGCACGCCCAUUCAACACGGCAUCGGAAACUCGCAAGAGAAGGUGCUGAGCAGCCGCAUGAUGCGGAUGCUUUCAACAUUUAUCCGGAAUGGCUCUCUGCCGAAGGUGGACGGUGAAGAGUGGCCGCUGUUCACUACGGAAACAAAGAAGCGAGUUUCGAUUACAUCUGAGGCGCUGCAUGUUCUCCCAGAGGAUUCGGUAGAAAAGUGUUAUAGAUUGGGCGAGGCAUUCUUCCCUGAGCUGAUGUUCGGCGCUCCUACUUGAGCCUUGGGUCAU